GCCACUUCACAAUUACCUGCGUACGUUGUUAGUCUUCACCAAGAAGCACAUGUAUAUAUAUACCAUACCUCAAGCACUACUUCAAAACAAUUCAAAUCCACAAAACCAACCAUUGAAGCAUCAAGGAAAGGAAACAAACGGAAUGGCCAUCUCUUCUUCUCACCUUCCAAAGAUUGCAGCAAUGGUGCUGCUUCUGGCACUCUCAACCCUUGACCUGGUCAUGUCGCACCGAUUAGUCGGAACCUGCCAUGCGAGUGGGUACCUUCCUGGAAAACCCGGGCAUUGCAACACUGAGCAUGAUUCUGAAUGUUGUGAGGCUGGAAAAAGGUAUCCCCAGUACCAUUGCUCUCCGCCUAUCACAGACAACACACCGGCAACCAUGACCAUCAAUAGCUUUGCUAAAGGAGGUGACGGGGGUGGUCCGUCUGAGUGUGAUAACAAGUACCAUAGUGACAAUGAGAUGGUCGUCGCAUUGUCCACUGGAUGGUACAAUGGCGGAAGCCGGUGCCAUAAGAACAUUCAGAUCAAUGCUAACGGUCAGUCUGUGUUGGCCAAAGUGGUUGAUGAGUGUGACUCUGUUCAUGGUUGUGAUUCUGAUCAUGACUUCCAACCACCAUGCCCUAACAACAUUGUUGAUGCUUCUCCAGCCGUUUGGAAGGCGUUGGGCAUCCCUGAUUCCGAUGUUGGUGACUAUGAUAUCACCUGGUCUGAUGCAUGAACAAUAUAGGGGUAGAAAAGCACAGCUAAAGAUGUAACAGCAUUAUAUUGUACUGUAUCUUGUGUCACCUUAUCAGACUGUACUGCCUAUUGUGAAUUCAUAUGUACAAGAUUAAUUACUUGUAAUAUUGCAUCUUGUGCGAUACAUGAUCAGCUUAGCCCCAAGUAUAAGAAAAUGAAACAAACAACUGUUAAUUCUGGCAAUAAUCCAGUAAGAACAAGCUUAUAAGUGUCCACUCAUCAAAUUAUUUAAAUGUGAAACAUAUUGUCACUCAAAAACCAGCAGAACAUGCUUCUUACUAGAAACAUGACAGUCAGCAUAAGGAUGGGCUUAAUACUGAGUUGAUCGAUUACGGAAGACAUCGCCAAACUUAUAAAAUUGCAUGGAGCCCCCAGUAGGUAUUUUUUUUUCAUGCAAACUAAUGUUUUGAAAAGUCAAAACAGCCAGAUAAAACAAAGGAAUUUUUCACCAAUACAAUUGCCACCAUUGAGAGACUUCAUGCAACUUAUCUCUAGAUUCC